AAGUAACGACAAAAAAUUAUUAUUAUUCAAGUUGUUGUGUGAUAAACAAACAAAUGCGAAAAAAUUAUAUUAUAUCUUAAGCAAAAAGUUAAAAUUAACAAAUAAAUAAAGUUUAAACUAAAUAUUCAAGUAAACAACAACAACUACAGCAGUAGCAGCAGCAAAAAAAACUACUGAUAACAGUUUUAUUUUUUGUUUUCAAUUUCAAAGGAAUUUUCAGAUACGAGAGUAAACCAAAAUUCUUGUUGGAGAACUGUUAAAUUUUAAUUCGAACCAAACAAAAAAAAAAAAAAAUCCAAAAAUUCAUUUCGGAAUAUAUUCAUUCGAACAGCAGCCAUCUCAUCUUUAACAUUUUCUUCGUUGUCGUCAAACAGGCGUUUUAUAUAUUUUAUCAAAAUUAAUAUAUAAAACAACCAAAAAACCAACAACAAACAACAUUAACAAAUUUCGUCUACAUAUAUCUAAAUCUAAAUCGAAAACAUUUCAAGUUAAAUACUAAUUAAAAAACAUGGCCCAACCACAAAUGAUGCAAAUUAAAUUGUCCAGAUUCGAUGCUCAACCCUGGGGCUUCCGUCUACAAGGUGGCACUGAUUUUGCUGCUCCACUUCUUGUACAAAAGGUCAAUGGUGGCAGUUUAGCUGAACAAGCUGGCUUAAUGCCCGGUGAUGCUGUAAUUAAAAUUAACGAUGUCGAUGUUUUCAAUUUACGCCACAAAGAUGCCCAAGAUAUUGUUGUGCGCUCCGGCAAUAACUUCGUUAUUACUGUACAAAGAGGUGGCUCUACCUGGCGUCCACAUGUUACACCCACUGGCCAAAUGCCCCAACCAAAUUCACCUUAUACUCAAACAGUGACGAAAACUUCUUUGGCUCACAAACAACAAGACUCCCAGCAUAUCGGCUGUGGCUACAAUAAUGCGGCCAAACCUUUUGGCAAUGGCGUUGAUGGCAACGUUAAGAGUAUUGUCAAUAAACAAUACAACAGCCCAGUUGGCAUUUAUAGCGAUGAAUCUAUUGCAGAAACCCUCUCGGCUCAGGCUGAAGUUUUGGCUGGUGGUGUCCUUGGUGUUAACUUCAAGAAAAACGAAAAGGAAUACCAGGCCGAGAAGUCUGAAGUUUUGAAAUUCUUGCGUGAAGAAGAAUCUGGCCCCUCUACACCAGAGCCCCACAGCACAUCCAACUACUAUUGGACUCGAAGUCAUGCCAUUGGACAUCACAAGCAUGAUGAGCAUGAGGAUGAGCGCAUUGGUACACCAUUACAACAGAAUACAUUGGCACCGGCCGCAACACAUCGCCCCAGUUUGCCAACACCCAAAUCAACAGCCACCACAGAACCACCAAAACCCGCCGUUGCAGCCAUACCAGAAAUACCUGAUCCCAGACUAAUUGUUAUGCCAGUGUGUCCGGCACUGCAGACGCCGGAGUACAAGGAAGAAAUGGAAGCAGCUGCAAAGGCAGCAGCAUUAGGACCGGAUGGACAACCUAGACCAUUAUCAGCUAGCGGACAUCCGCCAUGUGCAAUGUGUGGUGUUGGCAUUGUUGGUGUUUUUGUACGCAUCAAGGAUAGAAAUUUACAUGUUGAAUGUUUCAAGUGUGCCACUUGUGGCACUUCAUUGAAAAAUCAAGGUUACUACAAUUUCAAUAAUAAAUUGUACUGUGACAUCCAUGCUAAAUUGGCUGCUAUGCAGAAUCCACCCUCUGGUACUGAGGGCUACGUUCCCAUACCCAUGAAACCUAACACCAAAUUGAGUGCUACCACCAUUUCGUCCGCCUUGAGUGCUCACGGCUACAAUAAUGGUGUAUCCAACGGUAGCUCUACCCCAGCUCCGCAAGAAGAAAAUAUGAACGAUUUACCUUUGCCACCACCACCAUCACCCACACAACUGCAACAAUUUGAAAUUUACAACAACAACAAUAAUAAUAUUAAUAAUAAUAAUGACAGUCAACAACAUACACGUACAUUAAGUAGCCUGUCAUCAAUGUCAACUGGUUCAAAUACCACACACUCCUCCACCCAAUCCUUGUCACCAACACCCUACAAUUAUCAUCACAAUAACUCAAUAGUGCAACAACAGCAGCAGCAACAAAAUCAAAUGACCCACUAUCAGCCACAGAGUGAAUCCACCCACUCUAGUUUGUCAUUGGAUCUGUAUGGAUCCACCUCACCCCUACAUUCCCGACAGGCAUCAUCAUCAUCUUCUUCGCUGAAUUAUGGCUGCAAUAACGAUAAUUAUGGAACAUUAACAACAAUAGCAAUACCUCCACCACCGCCACCACCACUGCCAGAGGACAACAAUCAGGACUUGUAUAUAAAUACAAUGAAACAGCAGCACAAUACGAACAAUAGAAAAUUGUUGAUGACAAAACAAAAUGAGAACGAUAUGAAUUCGUACAAUAAAACAAAUGUGUCAUCGUUAACGCCAGCAUCACCAGCUUCUGGUGGGGUAGGCGGAGGUGCUUCAGCAGCAGCCACAUCAACACCCAUUGUACCCACAACACAAAAAGUGUAUAAUAAGUUUUUAAAAGAGUAUUCCAAUAAGUUGUUGACCCAGGGCAACAUUAACAACAAUAAUUCCAAUAUCAAUUCCAAUGCAAACACUAUGAAACAUUCCGAUAAUGUGAGCAACAUUCAUACAUUUAUAAAUAACGGUACACCCAAACCCUUCAUUGCAACUCCAAAUUCAAAUUCCACUCCCAAACAAACACAACAACAACAUAAUCAUUAUCUCCAGCAACAGCAACAACAACAGCAAACUAACCAUAAUAAUAAUAACAACAACAGCAACAUUAUUAAUACAAGUUUACCCAGUGUUGCUGCCAUCACAGCAACACUAAAUAAUCAAUUGAAAUUUGAUUCAUGUCAGGUUGCACCACCUCUAUCAACAGCAACAACACCUUCUAGUAGCAAUUUAUCAAUUGUAGAUAAGAGUCCUUUUAAUAAUAGUCAAAUAAUCAACGACAACUACAACACCACUGCAACAACUAACGAAAUGUCCACGACCAUGGCCACGGGGCCAAGUGGUGACAAACCAUUUGAAUAUGUCACAUUAACGGGUAAUGUUAUACGUAGUGUUGUGCCACCCGGUAAGGGUAAUGUUAAUUAUAAGGUUAAUCAAGGAGGUUAUGCUCGUCCUUAUGGCGCUGCUCCACCAGCUGCUGCUCCUAAGUCGCCAGUCUCUUAUCCACCACAACAGCAACAACAACAAUGGAAUCAACCACCACCAACUCAACCCAAGCCAGCUGGUGGCAAUGCCUACGCUACUUUGCCACGCAGCAAUGUUGGCCAACAAGAAUCCCUAAUAAAACCAUCCAUGUUAAGUGACACCUUGCCUCGCAAAACUAAUGCUAAGCCCAAAACCAAUGCUUCCUUUGCCAAUGCUAAUACCUCCGUACAGCAGACUGACUUACCCAACGAUGAUCCCACUGCCAUGCUGAACGAAUCGAUUGGCAAAAUUAAUAUGGGCCAUAAAAUGGACAAUUUCAUGGCCGAGGCCGGUAAAGUUAUAUCAAAUAUGUUGGAGGCUCGUUUGGCCAAUAACGGGAAUAACGGUAUGCCUUCACCUCACAGCAGCAGUUCAUUGAGUUUGCGCAGCAACAGUAGUUCAAAUCUUUCCCGUAGUCCCAUGGUAGUGCGCAAACGCUUGGACUUGGAUGAUUUUAAAGACAUUAAUCCAUGCGAACCGGCUGCCUUGAAACCAGUCAUAGCUGUGCAUCAAAAUGUUGAACUAAAGCCCGAGUUCAAACUACAGCAUCAAUCACCGAAGGCAGUGCACACUACAGAUUUGCCCCUCAAUCAUCCCAUGGGCAAAGUUUUGGAACUAUGUGAUAAUAAGGCAAAACCUCAAUCGCCUUUGGCUAUGCCAGCCAAACAAGAGGCCGUUGGCAGUAACUUGCCACCCUCGGAAACUGUGAUAUAUCGUAAUAAUGAUCGUUCCAAUAGAAGAGCCAGUCAUGCCACCGAUAGACGUUCGUACAUUGAAACAAACACACAAAAUGAACAGCCCAAAGAUGGGCCAGUAUUUAGUAUAAGUGUUAAGGCCCUGGUCAAGCCGGGUGAAGAUCCCAACAAACCCAUGUCUCCGGAAAACGAGGAGGUAGUAAGUCAGCUGCUUAAGGAUGGUAAGAAACCCAUAUGUUGUCAGUGCAAUGUUGAAAUAACCUCGGGUCCCUUCAUUACCGCUUUGGGUAAGAUCUGGUGUCCCGAUCACUUCCACUGUGUCAACGGUAAUUGCCGUCGUCCUUUGCAAGACAUUGGUUUCGUUGAGGAGAAGGGUGACCUUUACUGUGAAUAUUGCUUUGAGAAAUAUUUGGCUCCCACUUGCAGCAAGUGUGCUGGUAAAAUUAAGGGCGAUUGUUUGAAUGCCAUUGGCAAACACUUCCAUCCUGAAUGCUUUGCCUGUGGCCAUUGCGGCAAAUUGUUUGGCAAUACUCCAUUCUUCCUAGAGGAUGGUAUGCCCUACUGUGAAGCCGAUUGGAAUGAAUUGUUCACCACUAAAUGUUUCGCUUGCGGUUUCCCCGUUGAAGCUGGUGAUAGAUGGGUUGAGGCUUUGAACCACAACUAUCAUAGCCAAUGUUUCAAUUGCACUUACUGCAAACAAAACUUGGAAGGUCAAAGCUUCUACAACAAGGGCGGACGUCCCUUCUGCAAGAAUCAUGCUCGUUAAGGUUUAAGUUGCUUGCAACGUAAAACCCGCAACAACUGCAACCUUCAACAGCAACAACAACAAAAAACAUUAACGCUAAACCACGCACCUUUUCAUCAGGGAUCAUUUAAUGCAUAAAAACAUUGAUUUUAAUUAAAACAAAACAAAAAAAAAAACAA